AUGUCUGCCCUAGUGCUCGGUAAGAGGUCCUCCUGCUUCUUUGAAGAUCUGCACCACCACGCCGCCGCCACCGCUGCUGCCUCUACGCCGCCUUCCGCCUCGAAGAAGGCCCGCUUCGGAUCCUCUUCUUUUCGGUUCUCGCCUACGAGUUCCGCGGCGUCUCCUUCCACGCGGGACGUCGUCAGCAGCAGUUUCACCGGCGGUAACCCGACGGUGCUUGGGCACCUCAGAUCUCUCUUCCCUGAUAUGGACGAACAGGUCUGCCCGUUGCUACUGAUUCUUCUUCACCCCUUGUUUUUUUAUUGUGAGCUUAGGGUUAUCUAGGGGUUGUGAAUUCUUGUUCCGUAAGUGUUUAAUGAGUCAAGACGAGGGUUAAAAAAUCCAAGAAUCCUCUGAGAUUUCCGUUGCUCCGGUCAAUAUCAUAUUCGGCAUGUCUUUUCGGUAUGACUGUUUGAGAUUCGUUUCUUGUGUGUUUGAACUAAUUAUUUGAGUCCCUGAAAAAAAGUGGUGCAUUGUGAAAGAAGGAGAGUCAGGGAGUUCUUUACGAUGAUAGCCUCUAGAGAAUGUUCCUGUCAUAACCUCAUUUCAUUGAUGGAAAUAAAGAGAGACGGGAAACAAUGUAGUGCUACACUGUAGUUAUGUAAGUCUUCGUUUGAGAAUAAAAACAUUUAUAGUUGAGAUCCUUGUCUUCUGUGUUGUAAUUAAAUUCCUGUGUACUUUCUCUUGUUUUUCAUUUUUCUUCCAGUGCCUUUUCUCUCUUCUAAGGGACAGAAGGGAUGUGUGGAUUUUAUUCAAAGAUAGAUCCGCAAGGAUAUGCUGGAUAGCAGCCUCUGCAUUUUUCCACUAUUCUCGCACAUGAAUUUGAACCUGCCGAGAAGUAGAAUAUGAAAUAGGGUUGGCCAUCGGCCACAUCUCUCACCGUAAGCAGGCUGUAUGCCUCCCAUUCUUUGGCUAGGAAAGACUACGUAUCCCAUUCCUAUUUCAUCGUGUUUUCGUUUCUUGCUGGAUAGGUCACUCAUGGCCUUUAUAAUUUAACUAUGCAUACUUUUUCCCAUCUCAACAUGUAUUCCUUUCAUGCUCUUACAAGCAAUAGUCUUGCCAUUCUAAGAUUGUAAAAGCAUAUCAAACAAUAAACCUUCAGGCUAACUAGUUCUUGAUGUUGAUUUUCUUCAUAUUGGUAGAUAAAGUGUUGUACUCUUCGUAUUCUCUGGCCAUGAUCUGCAUUCCGUAUGCCGAAGUACAAGGCAGCUUCCAGAUUUUCCUUAUAUCUAAUGUGGUGUUGUUACUGGAUCGUGUGUUUAGAUCUUUGGAAUAAAAGCCCGGGGGGGGGGAUGUGUGAAUAUUUUGGAGAUAUAAAUCGAAUGAAAAGCAGUUAUCAUCUUUGCUUGUUGACUAACAGUCCGCAUCAAAACCAUUUUCAGCUUCUGGAAAGGGUGCUUGAAGCUUCUGGGAAUGACCUGGAUUCUGCCAUCAAGAGUUUGACUGAGCUUCGGUUGGGACCUGCGAAGGAACAUCCACACUCUGUGAUGAGUAAUCCUAAUGAAUACAAUGGUGCAGCUGUUCAACCAUCAGCAGAAGGUACGUGUUUGGUGAUUAAUCCAUGACGGAGUUUACCUUUCUUACUGUGCAUCGGGCAUAUGCGUAAUGCUGUUUUCUUUUGUUCCUGUACAUUGGAUACGAUGGGGAACGUUAAAGAAUAGAAAAUAAAAACGAAAAGAAAACAAUCUUGUAGAAUGUAAAAGGAGACCAGAAACGAAAACUGGAGAAGAUCCUCUGUUGCAUUAUAUUUAUGAAACAGAAACAGAAUUUUUAGAUCUGAGUAAUUGGAAAUCCUUCUAACCCAUUAAGAAUGUUUUUGACUAACUUACAAGCUUUCCUUGUGCUAGAAAUAGAAAGUCAGCGCACCUGGUCAGUACUGGGUCAAAUAAUUUACCCUACAAUCUAGCUAUUGUAAUCUUACUUUGAAACAACAGACAAUCUUUGUCCGAUGAAAUCCAAAGCUUUUCUUCUUUUUUUUCUUUUUUCAUCAUGGGAAAGUCCUCCCGUUUGACCUUGACGGCGAUUCUGGACCUUUGCAGAAGUCCAGGGCGGUGGUGGCGGCACUGGUGGUGGUACGGCAGCGGGGGGGAGCCCCCCGGCGGACGGUGCAGAGUGGGUAGAAGUCCUGGUGAGGGAGAUGAUGAACGCCGCCAACGUCGACGACGCCAGGGCCCGGGCAUCUGCCGUGCUGGAGGUCUUUGAGAAGUCCGUGGCAGGCCGGGUCGCCGUCACCGCCACUGGGACGCUGCAGAAGGUGGUGGUGGGCCGAGGCGCCGAUGCCCUUCUUCUUCUCCUCCUCGAAUUAUCUUCUAUUUACUGACAUGGUGGCGGUGGUGGUAGGAGAAUGCGGUGCUGAAGGAGCAGCUGGAGGGGUUGCUGAGGGACAACGAGAUACUGAAGAGGGCUGUGGCGAUCCAGCACGAGCGGCAGAAGGAGUUUGACGAGAAGACCCAGGAGCUCCACCACCUCAAGCAGCUCCUCGCCCAGUACCAGGAGCAACUCCGCACCCUCGAGGUAAAAUACCGCCGACAAUACCUCUCCCUCUCUCUAUUUCCCGUCUCUCUUGCUGCCAAGAUCCUCACUUUACCUAUUACUCUCUCUCUCUCUCUCUCCCUCUCUCCCUCUCUCCCUCUCUCCCUCCCUCUUGAAUCUGAUGUGUCUCUCUCACCCGCCAUAGUUUUCUCCUCCUUGGAACAGGUCAACAACUACGCGCUGUCGCUGCACCUGAAGCAGGCCCAGCAGAGCAGCUCCAUCCCCGGUCGCUUCCACCCCGACGUCUUCUGA